CAUUGACAUAACACCGGGCGAAGAGGAAGUCCAUCACUAGGCGUAACUAGCGGGACUAACCAGGAUUUCGUUGUUUAAUAUUAACUGAAACCCUGGCCAUGGCAGCCGCCAGAGCCGUUGUUAAAGUUAAUGACAGCCGCGUAGUUCAUAUGAGGUGACAGCAGGGUGGUGCACGCCAUUGUCUCCGUGCGCUUGACCUGCUAGCUUCCUCAGACAGUCGGUUGAGAUAAAUAUCUUUUUUGCACAGCCAGAAAAUCAAGAAUUAUGUGCUCGGUAAUGAGCAGAGUGAAACCGGUUAGCCGGGCUCUGGCUCUCACGCUACGUAUAGGGGGAACCGCCGAGGGCUGGAGUCACUCAGCUGCCCGGAGCAGGCGCUCGUACCCCGGUGUGGGAAGCUGGAUCGAGCCGCUGACAGUCACCGGCAGGCGGUACAGCUCCAGGAUGGCUUCUUCUCAAGGACUGCUCUUCAGACAACUGUUUGAGUCAGAGAGCAGCACCUACACCUACCUGCUGGCUGACUCGGAGACCAGGGAGGCUGUCCUUAUAGACCCUGUCCUGGAGACCAUCGACAGAGACCUGAAGCUCAUCGACGAACUGGGACUCAACCUAACUGUAGCAGUGAACACUCACUGCCACGCGGACCACAUAACCAGCACCGGUCUGAUGAAGAAAAGACUGGCCGGACUGAAAAGCGCCAUUUCCAAAUUCAGCGGCGCUUCAGCAGAUAUUCACUUCACCGAAGGAGAUAAGAUCACCUUCGGAAAACACUAUCUGACUGUGAGAAACACUCCGGGACACACAGACGGCUGUGUGACGCUGGUGUCCGGGGACCAGAGCAUGGCUUUCACUGGCGACACUCUUCUCAUCCGAGGCUGCGGCCGCACUGACUUCCAGCAAGGGUGUCCUAAAACGCUUUAUGAGUCAGUCCAUCAGAAGAUCUUCACGCUGCCUGACCACUGCCUCAUUUACCCAGCGCACGACUACACAGGACGGACGGUUUCUACCGUCGGUGAGGAGCGCAAGUUCAACCCACGCCUGACAAAGAGCCUGGAGGAGUUUGUGAAAAUCAUGGACAACCUCAACCUCCCCAAGCCAGCAAAAAUCGACAUCUCAGUGCCUGCUAAUCUGGUUUGUGGAGUACACGAAGUUUGAAAGCAACAGAGAACAUUUUAAGUCAGACCACUGCAUCAUUUAACUUGAAUUUCUAGCAGAAUUAACCAAAAGCGGUAACCAUUUAUGUGCUUUAAUUAUUGUGUUUCUGUCUGAAAAUGUAAAGCUAUGUAUUUAAUAAUUAGCUGGUUGGACUGCAGCUACUGACAUUGUGAUUGCACUUGAAAUGAAAAUGCAUUGAUGUAUAUUUUAGCUUUGCAAUACGAGCACUUAUAGGCCUGUACAUGAGGGAAAGAAGACUUAAUAGUAUAUUUUUGUACUUAGCAUAAAGUUAAAUAUGACAGAUAUUUUCUAAGUUGUGUUUUUAUGAAUUGCAGAAUUUGGCUAAUUUUAAUGAAAAAGAAAAGUUGGAUGAAAAAAUGUUCUAUUCAAGCUUCGGUUUAGUAUUCAUGGAUGCUUAACUGGCACAACUGAGUUCCUCCACAGUGAGUCCAGCUUCCUUCAGCCAAGGACACACACACACACACACACACACACACACACACACACACACACACACACACACACACACACACACACACACACACACACAGACACACACACACACACACACA